CGACUUAAAGGCUCAACAUAUCUAAAUGGCAGUGAAUUCGUCCAAUCGGACACUUCUGGGGCGGUCCCAGCAAUGCGCCGCGAAGGUGGUGGGCGGGGUUUAGCGUGCUGUGCGUCCCAUCGGCCACUGCGGCGCCGAGUUUCUUUAUGAUGGAAACAAUCCACCAGUUGUGAUGGAGGCGACCGGACAUUCCCCAGAGAAGCUAAAGAUACAAAAGAAGCAGGAAAAUAAAGCAAAGAGACUACAAAAACAGAUAACUGAUCUGUGCAGGCAAAAUCCAGAUGGUAUCCCAUUGAGCUGUAUCAGCGCAAUUUACUUGCAAACAUACCAUAAAUGUCUUAAUGUGAAGAAAUGUGGCUUUACCUCAGUCAUAUCUUUCCUGGAAUCAGUGGACGAUGUGUUGGAUAUUGUGUCAGAUCAGAAUGGCUUUGUUGUCAAAGAAAAGACGAGCAGUGCUUCUGGACAAAUAGAUGGCCCUUCUGCUUCUCCUUUACACCAUACUGGACAAACAACAGCACUGUUUCCACUGCCCAAAUUCAAAGGCAUGCCACAAGUACGACUUUGCCAGGAAAUUCUUGCCUUACUCAGAUGUUUCCCUGAUGGCAUUGACCUGUGCCAACUUAGAACAAGCUACAAAGAGAUGUACCGGAAGAAGCUGAUUUUAGCCAAAUCUGGUAUUGAAACAAUGCAGGAGCUAUGUGUCCUUCUUGGAAACACUGUGAGCAUUGAACGUCGAGACCAGAAAAAUAUUAUUAAAAUUGUGACCAAGGAGGACUUUGGAGAGAACCAAGAAAUGUGUAGGAAGCCUUUUACUGCAUCUGCAAAUCUACCAGAAAGUAUUUUUGCAUCUGGCAAGUUACAUUCAGCUAAAUGUAUGGACCGUGUUCAACAAGAAAUUCGUGAUCUAUUUGAAGUGUACCCAGAAGGCAUUCCCUUGCAGAAAAUUGCAGAGUUCUACAACAAAAAAUACAAGCGGAACCUGACGCUUGCUGCAUUUGGUUUCCGAUCCAUCCGCAGUUUUGUACAGUCAGUUGAAGGUCUUCAGAUCCAGGGGGAUCUUGCACUGCUUAAAAUGGACGGUGAGCACCAAGAAAAUGCUUCUGAACCAGUGAAACAACAACAUCUUCCAGCUACAAGCACCCCUGAGCCUCCCAGGGCUGCUCCUCCAGUAGAAUCACAAACUGUUGUUCCAAAUGCAUCUGUCAGAACAGCUUCUGAAUUAUCAGCAAGUAAAAUCACCAAAGAGCAGCUGUUCGAGAAUAUUUCAAAGGUCCUGAAGGCCAAUCCAACUGCUGCCUUCUCUAUGUUGGAGCUGCAGGCCAGUUAUUUUCUCUGUUACAAAACCCCAUUGCCUAUACAGGAAUAUAUUUCUCUUUAUGACCAUCUUGCAUGUCCAAAUGGGGCUUUAGCUGCUGCUGGUAGUGGGGGCACCUCUAAACCUAUUUCAGAGCAACCAGCAGGGUUGAUUCCACAACAGAAGCAGAAUGUUGGCUCAAACCUGUUAACACCUACCAAAUCUACUCCGCCCGUCACCAUGCCUAAAAUACCAAUUUCUCCAUAUAUUCCCUCCUUUGGUUUUUCUUUCAUGGCCACACCAGAAGAAUUCCCUGCUCUAGGAGGAAAUCUGUCCAAAAUGCAGCAGAAGAAACUGAGGGAGGAUGCUACUAGAGUAGAUGCUUAUCAUUCUCAGAUCAGAGAAGUGCAUAAUUCUACUAUGCAAGCCCAGCAGGUCCUCGAGCAGGACGAUCUGAUGUAUGGAGCAAGGAGGAAAAUUUCAGUGCAGGAUGUUAACAACUUGGCAGAGGAGUUUAUCAGAGCCAUUUCAUCAGAGGGAGAGCAUGUUACAGUAGAGAAGGUUAUAUUGCGGCUCUGUAGACAUUUAAGAGUCCCAGCACUUCAGAGUGUUAAAAUAGACGCUCACCGUGAUAUUCCAGCAAUUAAGGAGCUCUGCCGGACCCUCAGGGAAAUCAAUAUUUUCAUUGAGUCUAUAGAAGCAGUUCGCACAGUGUGCACUUUGUAUGAAGUGGGUGAAUGCAUAGCAGCCCUAAAAGCCAAGAAACACUUCAAAGAGCUGAAUGUGGGCCCACUGUGCAAGAUUCCAUUAAUACACAAAAUGUUCAAAGUACCCAGUACCUUGAAGGAUGAGGAUAUUGUUGAAAUAGAGACAGUGGACAUCAUCAAGAAUCUGCGUGCAUUUAUGAGGAAGCAAAAAGGCUACAAAUGCAAAGUGGAUCUUCCAGAGUUCAUGAAGUUUAUAUCUGAUCAGUACAAAUGCGAUUCUCCAUAUGAUUUGGGGAUCAGAAUUCAGAGCAUUGCUCUCUCAAUUUCGACAUUGCGGAAAGCAGUGAACUGUGAAUAUGAUUCAAUGGACAAGACCAAGAAAGUUAUUCAGAAAGAAAUUGAGGAAGAGAUUGAGGCCAAACUGAGAAAGGUCAAAAAAAGCCUGAUGGAACCUGCAUCUGGAGCGCCUCUUUACUCCUCUAGUGGUUCCAGCGAAAUGCGGUUGAAAUAUGCCCACAUGAGUGCUUCUGAUGCAGUGAUGGAGGUGUUUAUCAAGGCACAGGACAUAUUCAGCAAGAAAAUGGCCAAGCAUGUGGAAGGAUUCUUGUCAUACAUUUCUGGGGACCGAUUAGCAGCUGCAAUGUUCCAAAUGGCUAUCUGCUCUGGAUCACUGGAAGCACCAGUAAAUUUAAUUGAAAAAACAAAACCCACCAAGCCGAUGGAGGAAAAUAAGACAGUCCUGCCACCCUGUGAUGCUGAGCUAAAGCAGGUUUUGCACACUCAUAUUUCCAGCUUCAAUGGCCAGCUCAAUUUAGCUUAUCUAUCAAAAAUUGAGAAGAAGAUGGUGGAGCAUUUUAAAUUUAAAGACUUUUCUAGCAUGGAACAUGGGACAUUCCUUCAGUUUCUUGUGAAACAUUCUCAGAUUUUGCAAGAAGCAGGUGGCGGUGCCUUAAUGAUCAGCAACCAAGAUGUUAAGAACUGCAGCUUAAGACCCAGUCAGCAAGAUGUGUAUGAGCUAAUCAGGCAAUGUGGUGUGACUGACCAAACAAAAAUUCCUGAUAUUGAAGCAGCAAUAAAGAGUCAUUUCAAGGUAAAGGACACCAGGGAACUGGGAUAUGGAACAGUAGCUCAGUUAUUCAACAUUGUCCAGAAACAGAAAACUUACUACGAAGAUCAUGGCAAUAGAAAAAAAUUUAGUUCAUUACGAAGCAGCACUAUUUGUCAAAGAUUCUCGGCAAAGUUUAAUUGGAAGCACUGAUUCAGUGGGGCUUCUUGGAGAUAUGAGCAAAGAUGCAGCCAUGGCAUGUUUGCUAAAUGCCCCCCUCUUGGAAGAUCUGUCUGAGUGGAGCCAAUGGGAGCUGGUGUUUGAACCCCAGCACGGAAAUCUGAAGGACUUCAUAGAGCGGAACUUUGGAAAGAAAGUGACAAGCCUUGGUGACAGAGGUGAUGCUAUCAUUGCUGAUCUUGUCGCUCUGGAAGUACGGCCUGGUGUGUUGCUCAGAGUUUGUGCUAAUACUAGCAUUGAUCUCUUUGCUGAAGCUGUGAUGGCCCUAGAUCCAGUCAGUGCAGCAGGACAUUUGGUUUCUAUUGUAAUUACAUAUGGCAUUGCCAAUGCACCCUUAGCCCUCCUGGGGUAACCAUAUGGAAGCGUCACUGUCAGCAGCAAAUAGAGGUAGUCAAAGAGAGUUUCAAAUCGAAGACCAAGACACCUUGUUAGGAAGUUUUAUACUGGAUUGCCUCAUUAGAAUACCAGCAAGACUGUGCAGAUUUCUCAUACA